GCAGAUUAACCCCUUUCAUCGACAGGAUCAUACAGCAACCAUGAUUUCUCUGGUCUUUGUUCUGCUCAUUGGAGCCGCUUGUGAGUCUAGUAAUGAUCAUAGAAAAAAUAACAGGACUGUGUUAUGACACUAACAUCACACAUUUGCUUCUUUGACGUUAUUAAGAAAUAAGUUGUUGUUGUUUUAUCAUAGUGCUAUGCUUUUCCAUCUCAAAAGGUGAGGUAAUAUAGCUAAGAAUGUGCCUGCUCUCUGUUUACAGUCGCCACGGAGGACGACAAGAUCGUCGGAGGGUAUGAGUGCAAGGCCUACUCCCAGCCCCACCAGGUGUCUCUGAACGUUGGGUACCACUUCUGUGGUGGCUCCCUGGUCAACGAGAACUGGGUUGUGUCUGCUGCUCACUGCUACCAAUCGUAAGUAGCCUACCAUAUGAACUACUAGCAACAUAUUGAGUCAAAAACAACUAGCAACAAUUUGAUAAGCUUAACUUUUGCAAAACUAAAUGACACAAAGGUGAACUCCAUAUUCACAUGAACUGUGAAAGUAAGAAACUUACAAAUGGAACUUUCUCUCGAUCUGUCAGCCGUGUGGAGGUGCGUCUGGGCGAGCACAACAUCAAGGUGACUGAGGGUAGCGAGCAGUUCAUCUCUUCCUCCCGUGUGAUCCGUCACCCCAACUACAGCUCCUACAACAUCGACAAUGACAUCAUGCUGAUCAAGCUGAGCAAGCCCGCCACCCUCAACACCUACGUGCAGCCUGUUGCUCUGCCCACCAGCUGUGCCCCCGCUGGCACCAUGUGCACCGUUUCUGGAUGGGGCAACACCAUGAGCUCCAGUGAGUACAGAACCUGGGUCAAAGGUUACAUGUGCCAGUUGGUUAUCUUCAUGGUGGCCGAGUGUGUAGAGGCAUGGAAAAUGUAGGUCUACUAUUAAAAACACAACUUCAUUAUUUCUAACCAUAACUCCCUCCCUCCCUCUCUCCCUCCCUCCCUCCCUCUUUCUUCUUCUCCUUACAGCCGCUGACAAGAACAAGCUUCAGUGCCUGAACAUCCCCAUCCUGUCCUACAGUGACUGUAACAACUCCUACCCUGGAAUGAUCACAAACGCCAUGUUCUGCGCUGGAUACCUGGAGGGAGGCAAGGACUCUUGCCAGGUACUUACCACUCUGACCUCCCAUCAGUGGCACUACAAUCAUGACUUUAAAUUGACUUUUUCAGUUCAAUUGAUAUAAAUAAUUGUAUAUAACUUUCUCUCUCUCUUAGGGUGACUCCGGUGGCCCCGUGGUGUGCAACGGUGAGCUCCAGGGUGUUGUGUCCUGGGGUUACGGAUGUGCCGAGCCCGGUAACCCCGGUGUCUACGCCAAGGUAAGACAGAAAAAUAGUUUUCCUGUUGUGUUUGAGGAAAACAUCAACAUACAUACAUCACUGUGACAUCACUUGGUUUCCCAAAAGAAAAAGACAUUGAGUCUAUUAAACAUAGAUUGAUGGUUCUCAUGUUGCCUCCCAUUGAGUGUGUCUACUAAUAUCUCCCUUCUCCUUCUCUUCCUCCAGGUGUGCAUCUUCAACGACUGGCUGACCAGCACCAUGGCCACCUACUAAGUCUGAUCCUAGCUUCGAUCCUCCAGCACGGUCCCACAACUCUACCAACAUCCUGUGCAGUUCAACAUCCACCUUUAAUACUGGAGAUUUAAUACUAAUGACAAAUAAAGCAUUUAACAUCAUUUCAGUUUACUGAGUAUUUUUCCCAAGGUUAAAUAAAAAAAAAUAUUAUACUCUCGAAGGUUCUUUUUACAUGCCUGCAGCAUAGAACACAUAUUCAUGUAUGUAGUGAAAUAUUUUGUUCUGUAUGGCAUCAAGGGAGUGUUGAUUGCAAGUGGAAUGUCUACAUUUGUGACACUUAAUAAAUGCUGUAAUUACAACAGCUGAAAGCUAUAGUGUGUGAUUGGUACAUACAUGUUUAGUAUUUUAAAUAAACACUAUAACCAUUGA